UGCUGCCGCUCAGCCUCUCGCAGCCCUGCCUCCCGAACUGCGCUCGGAGCCGGAGAGAGGUGCCAUGCGGAGCUGGUGCGCUGUGGCCCGUGCCCUGGUCGUGGCUGGCCUCUGGCUGGCCUCAGCCGGGGGCCCCCUAGCUCUGUCGGACGCUGGGCCGCACGUGCACUACGGCUGGGGCGAGUCCAUCCGCCUGAGGCACCUGUACACCGCCGGCCCCCACGGCCCCUCCAGCUGCUUCCUGCGCAUCCGCGCCGAUGGCGCAGUGGACUGCGCGCGGGGCCAGAGCGUGCACAGUUUGGUGGAAAUCCGGGCAGUCGCCCUUCGGAACGUGGCCAUCAAGGGCGUGCAGAGCGUCCGGUACCUCUGCAUGGGAGCCGACGGCAGGCUGCUAGGGCUGCCUCAGUACUCGGCCGAGGACUGUGCUUUCGAGGAGGAGAUGCGACCCGACGGCUACAACGUGUACUGGUCCAAGAAGCACCAACUCCCAGUCUCCCUGAGCAGUGCCAGACAGAGGCAACUGUACAAGGAUCGGGGUUUUCUGCCCCUGUCCCACUUCCUGCCCAUGCUGCCCAGGAGCCCAAUGGAGCCCGAAAACCUCGAGGACCAUUUGGAGUCUGACACGUUUUCUUCACCCCUGGAAACGGACAGCAUGGACCCUUUUGGAAUCGCCAACAAACUGAGGCUGGUGGAAAGUCCUAGCUUUCAGAAAUAACAGGUGCUGGCCUUCCCCUGCCCCUAGGGGUCAGGACCCCAGGCCUGUCUGAGGUGCUUGCAGAGCGGGCUCUGGCCAUGCUUUACAAGUACAAUCCUGGGCCCAUGUGCUAUUUAGUUUUAGGAAGAAACAUUUAGAAUUUGUACAUAGACAGUUGGACAUUGGCUGUGCCAGUUUCUAGGAGAUAGACUUGUAUGAUCGUGAAAUUGUAAGCUCUCCACCUACCCAGGUGC